AUGCAGGUCGGAGGGAACGAGAAUGCCCGUUCAUUCUUCAGUCAGCAUAACUGCAGAACCACUGAUGCUCAAGAAAAAUAUCAAAGUAGGGCUGCAGAGUUGUACCGUGCAAAGUUAGAGAAACUCGCACUCAAUGCUAUGAAGUUGUAUGGGACCAAGCUCCACAUUGAUGCUCACGAAGAGUCAGCGGAACCCCAGACAGCCAAAGAAUCAGAUUUCUUUCAGGAGCACACGUCUGUGGGAAGUACUGGUUUCGCUAGCGGCGCAGCCUUGAGCAACACACAUCGGGAUAACGAUAUCUUAAAAAAGGCUGGACCGGUUGUACAUGAUGGCACCGCACCCUCCUUAUCUGCGGAUCGGCCAUCGGUUAUUGGAUCCAGAAAACCGAGAACUGCGAAGGCUGCCGGUGCUAAAAAGGGUGGUUUGGGAGCGGCCAAAGUGAAAACCGAUUUUGCGGCAAUCGAGUCCGCAGCGGAGAAUGCUGAUUUACAGAAGGAACGGCAAGCUGAGUUAACAAACAAGCUAGCGCAAGAACAACUCGAGAAAGAGGCGGAACGCAUAGCUUCCCUUCGUCUGGCCUACAAAGAGGUUGCGGAUGAACGAGACAAACGCGAAACGGCGCUCAAAUCCGUUGAUCCCAAGCGUGCAGAGCAGGUGGAACGACUGGGAAUGAGUGGUGCAAAUCUGAACACAAGAACCGGAAUAGGACAUUCUGCAUUUUCCAACGUUCAGAAAAUCGAGCAAGAAGGCGUUACUCCCACCAGCGGAAUUAACACCAAUCGUUCGUCAGCCAUUACAUCAUCUAACAUGGAUCCGUACUUCUCUACCACUGGUUUCGGGUCCAGUAAUCGGAUUCUUGACUCGUAUGGCGGAUCGUCGCAAUCCAAGGCCGAUGAUUUGUUCGGUCGACAACCCAAGAGCUCCGCCAGUUCGUGGCUGGAUGAAUGGACCGUAAUCAAAAGCCCCAACGAAUCCGCUGCGCGUCUAAAUGACUUCAAUGACCGUUCAAGUGGAGACCGUUCUUACCUCACGGCUCCGGAGGAUAACGGUGCCACAUCGGACUGGAGCCGUUCAGCACCUAGCAGACCUCGACCCGAUCCGAUCAGCUCCCGACAGGAAGCUUCGAGUGAGCAAUCCGAAGCACUUCGAACUAAAUUUGCUAACGCGACUGCCAUAUCUUCCGACACGUACUUUGGUCGAACCGAGCCUGGUGAUCUGGAUAUCAGUCGAUUUCAAGGCAGCUCCUCGAUUUCCAGUGAUGAUUACUUUGGACGAGCACGGCCCCAACAAUCAUUCCAGAUUUCCGACGAAAUGCAGUCGAUAAAGGAUGGUGUCCGUCAGGGUGUCACCAAGGUUGCCACCCGACUGUCUUCUUUGGCUAGUGGUGUCGUCACGUCGCUUCAGAUUCCAAUUAUCGUUCGUUUUGUUCGUCCGCCAAUUAGAGCUUCCCUUCGUCUGGCCUACAAAGAGGUUGCGGAUGAACGAGACAAACGCGAAACGGCGCUCAAAUCCGUUGAUCCCAAGCGUGCAGAGCAGGUGGAACGACUGGGAAUGAGUGGUGCAAAUCUGAACACAAGAACCGGAAUAGGACAUUCUGCAUUUUCCAACGUUCAGAAAAUCGAGCAAGAAGGCGUUACUCCCACCAGCGGAAUUAACACCAAUCGUUCGUCAGCCAUUACAUCAUCUAACAUGGAUCCGUACUUCUCUACCACUGGUUUCGGGUCCAGUAAUCGGAUUCUUGACUCGUAUGGCGGAUCGUCGCAAUCCAAGGCCGAUGAUUUGUUCGGUCGACAACCCAAGAGCUCCGCCAGUUCGUGGCUGGAUGAAUGGACCGUAAUCAAAAGCCCCAACGAAUCCGCUGCGCGUCUAAAUGACUUCAAUGACCGUUCAAGUGGAGACCGUUCUUACCUCACGGCUCCGGAGGAUAACGGUGCCACAUCGGACUGGAGCCGUUCAGCACCUAGCAGACCUCGACCCGAUCCGAUCAGCUCCCGACAGGAAGCUUCGAGUGAGCAAUCCGAAGCACUUCGAACUAAAUUUGCUAACGCGACUGCCAUAUCUUCCGACACGUACUUUGGUCGAACCGAGCCUGGUGAUCUGGAUAUCAGUCGAUUUCAAGGCAGCUCCUCGAUUUCCAGUGAUGAUUACUUUGGACGAGCACGGCCCCAACAAUCAUUCCAGAUUUCCGACGAAAUGCAGUCGAUAAAGGAUGGUGUCCGUCAGGGUGUCACCAAGGUUGCCACCCGACUGUCUUCUUUGGCUAGUGGUGUCGUCACGUCGCUUCAGCGGGUGAACGAUUUGGUGCUUGGUCGUAUUGGAGAAUUCGUUGCAGACGGGUUCGCUGGAGCCAAUGCAGGGCUUCGAAGGGUGUCCUUGUGA